CAAGUCUCCACCACACUCGCUCCAAAGCAGCAGCAGCUCACUGAUCGUCCUCUACCUACCAACAAUCAAUCCAGCCUUGCUGCCUAGCUAGCCAGCAGCGUCAGCGGCCACCGCCGUGUUGAGCAUGGACAUGGCCGGCGGCUUGGACGAGCUGGAGGUGCUGGCCAUGAGCCCCGGGGGCUCGGCGGCGUCGGCGGCCGCGGCGGGCAGCGAGGACGUGGCCGACCUGCGGCGGGGGCCCUGGACUGUCGAGGAGGACCUCCUGCUCGUCAACUACAUCGACGCCCACGGCGAGGGCCGCUGGAACUCGCUCGCGCACUCUGCAGGCCUGAAGCGCACCGGCAAGAGCUGCCGCCUCCGGUGGCUCAACUACCUGCGCCCCGACGUGCGGCGGGGCAACAUCACGGCGGCGGAGCAGCUGCUCAUCCUCGAGCUCCACUCGCGCUGGGGCAACCGCUGGUCCAAGAUCGCGCAGCACCUCCCCGGCCGCACCGACAACGAGAUCAAGAACUACUGGCGGACGCGCGUGCAGAAGCACGCCAAGCAGCUCCGCUGCGACGUCAACAGCCGCCAGUUCCGCGACGUUGUGCGCCACGUCUGGAUGCCCCGCCUCGCCGAGCGCGUCCAGGCGGAGUCAGCCGGCGCCGGCGCGGGUGCUGGCCAAGCGGCGGCGGCGGCGGCGGCGCCCGAGGCUGCGCCGGCGACGACCACGGCGAGCGCGCCGCCCGCGUACCACCACGGCCCGUACGGCGGCCACCGGCAAAGCGCGGACGUCCUCGUCCCGCCGAACAAGGCUCACGGCGGCUACGCCUACGCGGACUACUUCUACUACAGCUACAGCGAGCCGGGCCAAGCGGCGGCGCCGGCGGCCAUGAGCCCCGACGACACCUCCAGCGCGCUGCGCUCGACGCUGACGGACGCGUCGGCCACAACCCCGACGAACGAAGGCUGCGGGGCCGGUGGCGCGGCCGCCGGACCAGCGACGGACGGCGCCGACGACGUGGUACAGGAAGAGGAAGAGGACGUUUUCGCCGGGACCUGGUCCGAGCUCCUCGCGACCACCGGCCGCGACGAUGACUCCAAGAUCGGCCUGCCGGACUUCGAGUUCGGCGAAUUUGAGGAUGACCUCUGGAGUCUGGAGGAUCUUUGCUUACAGCAGCUGUUCUGAUGCAGAGAUGCACAUGCACGUAUGCAACUACUACUACCAGACAAGUUACUGAGAGGGACACAGCAGCAAGGCACAAAGUGAACAAUUAUAUUCAACAUGUGAAAGAAUAUUAUUGUCGGAGACCCAAAAAAAACACAAGAUAAAUUAAAGAAGCACAUAUAUACAUGAUACACAUCAGCGAGGAAAUAUCGUCGACAAGUCACUGGUUCAUAGAAUGGUCUAUAUUAUUACUAAGAUGACGAAUUCCAAACAUGUGCAUAGUUUUCCUACUCAAGUAGAAGCCAGGUUUUGUAUCUGCGCUAGUUCAGUUUCAGUUUUGCGCGCAUGCGUCCAUAUAUAGAGAAUUUAUUUACAAACUUUACAUU